AGCCGGGACGCGGGGAGGAGAAACUUAGCUUUUAGUGUGGCAGGGUCAUGAAGAGGAGGCGGUGGCGGGAGAGCGGAGGAGGCGGAGGGGGCGCAAAACUGCGGUAGCCAGCGCUGGGCUGGUGGUUGUGGACGUGUGGGAGGGCGAGAGUGUCAGCCCGGGGGCAGCGGCCGGGGCUCUGGGCUGAGCGCGGCCGUGGAGCGGCCGCUCUCGGCCCCCUGGCUCCGCCAUGUUCCGCAGGGCACGCCUUAGCGUGAAGCCGAAUGUCAGGCCUGGUGUAGGGACCAGGGGCUCCGCCGCUCCCAAUCCCCAGCGUGGAUCAGAGGCUCCCAGGCCUCCGGAGCCUGCCACCGAGUCAGCUCCGAAGCCAGCGGAGCCCACAGAUGUGCCUGCAGUGGAUUCCGGGGGAACUGAACCCCAGGAACAGGCUCCCGGGAGCAGUGAUGAAAAGACUGGUGACAAAAAUAAUGCUGCAGAGUCCAGCACAUUGUCCUCUGCUUCUUCACAGAGAAGAAAGCGAGUGUCAAGCACAUCCAGUCUUGUUCAGUCUCCUGGCAGUGCCCCCUCACAGAGUCGCCCCUUAUCUACAGUUAAUCACGAUGCGCCACAGCCAAACCCUACUCCAGCUAAAGAGAAGCAGCCGUGUUCAGACAGAUACCGAAUCUAUAAAGCCCGCAAACUGAGGGAGAUGUUGAAAGAGGAACUGAGAAAGGAGAAGAAACAAUGGAAAAACAAAUUUUCUACAAAUGAAAGCCAGAGACCACCAGAUCGUUCAAAAAUGACUAUGAGAGACUUCAUAUAUUACCUUCCAGAUAACAAUCCAAUGACUUCUUCAGUGGAACAAGAAAAGAAACCUGAGAAAUCCUUGGCUCCCACCCCAACGAGAGAUAGGCAAGAAAAUCAGAGCACUCAAGAUGCUAAUGAUAAUGAAGACGUGGAAGAGGAGGUGGAUGAUGGGCCACUCCUGGUUCCUCGAGUAAAAGUGGCAGAAGAUGGUUCUAUUAUUUUAGAUGAAGAAAGUUUAACUGUAGAAGUUUUGAGAACAAAAGGCCCCUGCGUUGUUGAAGAGAAUGAUCCUAUAUUUGAGCGCGGCUCCACUACUACUUACUCCAGCUUCAGGAAGAACUACUACUCAAAGCCGUGGUCCAAUAAAGAAACCGAUAUGUUUUUUUUAGCCAUCAGCAUGGUAGGAACUGACUUUUCUAUGAUUGGACAACUUUUUCCUCACAGAGCAAGGAUAGAAAUUAAGAAUAAAUUUAAACGUGAAGAAAAAACAAAUGGAUGGAGAAUAGACAAAGCAUUCCAGGAAAAACGCCCUUUUGACUUCGAUUUUUUUGCUCAUUUGCUUCAGAAAGUUCUUGCUGAAGAAGAAAAAAGAAAACAAAAAUCUACUAAAUGUCAGAGUUCAAAGGAAAAGGCCUCCAAACCACGGAAAAACUUAAAAGCAAAAACAGUAACCAGUGAAGAAGUGAAUGAUGAUCCAGAUGAGUCUAUAAAUAGUAACAUUUCAGAUCCAGAAAGAUCUCAAAAUGAUGCUGAGGCAGUCAAUGAAGAAGAGUCACCGAGUUCAUCAGGACAGCACUUAGAACAAGCUAUGUUAGAGCAAGACCAAAAUCAAGAGAAAAAGAGGAGGAGGAGCCAAGGUGAAGCUAAUAAACAGGAAGCAACAAAUCUUUUAGAGAGGGUUCUUGUUCAUCCGAGCCCUCCUGCAGCAGAAAUACACAAGCAUACAUGUCCUUCUGAGGAAAAUGAAAGUGAAUGCAAUAAAGAACAGAUACCAUGCUUGACACAGAACAUAGAUGACAUUGCAGGUUUAGUACCCAGUGAAGAGACCGAGAUGAGAAUGGACCCCAUCCCUUCCACAUGUAAUCAACAAGACAUCAUGCCACUAGCAAGGGAGUCCUCAGAGUCGGGUGCUGCGGCUUUACCUGUGUGGGAACCCGGUAGUACUGCCUCUGCUGACAUGGCUAAUGCUGAGAGCUCCUGCUCAGAGGGAAGGGGUGCUGACCUGAAGACUGCGGCACCAGAGACUGAACAGACAGAAAAUGUCAAACCAAAAUCAAGAACUCGACUACAGAGACCUAAGCCUAAUCUGGCAAGGGCAGUUGGGAAGAAAUCAGCUGUUUCACAAGACAGACAAGAUGAAAGGGACAAGAACUCACCUUCAGAAACUGCAGCUGAGAAGAAUCACAUGGAAAAGGAGACAGUGAAUGAAUCUGAAACUUCUGUAGCCAAGAACACAGACAGAGCGAGCCCAGGUGCCAGAACUGUGUCUGAUUUGAGUGAGAAAUCCUGUGUACAGCAGGAUGGUCAGGCAAAGGUCUUAAGACCUACCCGACUAAUGAGGAGUCGAAUGCAAAGACCAAAGCCAAAUGUAGUGAAAGCUGCAGAAAGAAAAGAAAUUCUCGCCUCACAGGAAAAAGUUGAGGCCCAUGUAGAGAAAAGUGAAGUUGAAUCCUGUGUUGUGAUUCCUCCACAAAUGGAAAAUGAGUCACAUAAAAACUUGCAAUGUGAAGAUACUGUGUCACUGCCUGAAAAAAAGGACCCUUUUGAAAAUACUCAGCCUGAUCAGCCCAAGGUUCUUAGUGACUGCCCAAGUAUUCAAGAAGGUAAUAAAGAAAACAAACGGAAACAAGUCCCAGUUCUAAGGACUAGAUUCCAGAAACCAAAACCUAAUACAGGAAGAAGAAGAAGAAGAUCCUCCAAGGAAGGGAUACCAGAGGAGACACCUAUUUCUGGAGAAAUAGCAGCAACUUGGGAAGAAUUUCCGAGACCAGACCCUUCUCUGAGGGAGGAGAUACUGAGUGUACCUCUUGCCCCUCUUUCUGCUACCGCUUCCACCAAGGACUCCGAGUCAGAUGUGAAAGACAAUGGCAGAAAUGAUACAGCUUCUAAUGCGGAGAUGUCAGAAAUGACAGAUGUCACUAUGGAAAUGGAGACAGGUUUGGAAACAAUUGGAAGAGAUACUUGCCCAGGGGAGAUGGGAGCAGAAAUGAUUGACAUCCCUAUGGAAACAGAGGCAGGUUUGAAAGCAUCUUUAAAUGAGACUUCUUGUACGGAGAAGGUGCCAGAGCUUAUUGAUACCACUGGGGAAAUUUGCACAAAUUUGGGAGAAACUGGAAGAAAAGAAGUAUUUUUACAGGAAAAUGGCCCUAAGGAGGUCAGUCCAGUUAGUGAACCAGAGACAGGUUUGCAAGAAACUGGACAAGAUUUGGGCACGACAGAGAGCACACCAGAUACGACAGAGAGCACCGAAGAAAGGGAGGCAUGCUCAGAGCAGACUGACAGACAAGAGAAAAUCCCUGCACUGACAAAGGACGCAGAGGAGGCCAAAGCCAGCGGUGAAAUGGAAACACCCCUGCAAGAGAUUGGAGGAGGGACUUCCCAGAGAGAAAAGGCAGCAGGCGCUCCUGUGGAGCAGUCUGCCAGCGAGGAGGAUCCACAUGGCAGCGCAUGCAGAGAGGAGGUGGCAGUGGAAUCAAGCACUGCAGAAGGAAAGGAGCUGAACCUGAGGGAAACUGGAGAAGAUGACCAUGUCUCCUCGAUGGUUGUGGUCUCAGGAGAAAAGACUGCCGUUGAGGAAACGAACGGAGAUUCGAAAGAAACAGAAAGAGCGAGUUCUGUCUCUUGGGAGAGCGGAUCUGAAGAGAUCCAGGUCAUGGAGGAAAUGGUGGAAGACUUAGGAAAACCAGAAAAAAUAGAUGUUGCUCCAAGAGAAAGUGAACCAGAGCAACAGUCCUCAGGGCAGCCUGAGGCAGAUGUCAUUCUGAGCAGUAGUGACGGCAGCACUGGCUCUCCACAGGAUGAAAUGAAUAUUAGCAGUAAAAUAUCAGUGAUGCCUACACUUGUGGAAGAAAAAGAAACUACUGACAAGGAUGUAUCCAGCCACUUAGUUCAUGUGGAGUCUUGCUCACAGAAUUCGGGACACCAUGAAACAGACCAAGGGAUGCUGCUUCCAGAUGCUCUAGAGCGGUUUUCAGAUACUAACUUAAGCAAACCUCUUCCUCAAGAGCAGCAGCCACUUCAAGUGAAGCCAGCUCCUUUCCUGAGAAGUCGAUUCAAAAAACCAAAACCAAACCUGUCAAGAGCAGCUGUAAAGAGAGCAACCAUAGAAGCAGCACACUCUGUGCCUGGGAAGAAAUCGGAAGCCUGCACAGUGGAGGCCGCCAUGCUACAGCAGGACAGUGACCAAGCUGCUCUCUCUCCUCAACAUAAUGUACCUUCCCUAAUGGCAUCAAGAGAAAAUGAUCAAUCCGGUCAUGAGGAGGAGGAGGGGGCUGCGAUACUACCAUGUAUACAGACUGCAAAGGAGCCUUCACCGCCAAGUUCAAGUGACCCUAAAGAGGAUUCUCAGUUAGCCCAACACCAGGAAAAUGGCUUAGUUGUUCCUAUUGGGACUUCAAUGAUGAAUACGGUCACACAAGAAACAAGGCAAAAUGUUGUCCAGACUACUCUCCCAGUGAGGGGUCGACUUCAGAGACCAAGACCAAAUGUGCAAAAGGCCAGACAGAGGCAAAUAGUAGAAAAAGGCGAAGCGCGAGACAUAGCUAAGAAUGAAGGACCAGAACUGCAAAAAGACGAGACUAGAACAUGCCUGACUGUGGCAAACUCUUCCCACAUUGAAAGUGGAGUUGCAGUUGACAUGUCCCCCAGAGUGUCACAGUGCCAAGUGAGUGAAAGUCAAGGCCACGCAGAUCCUGUAGAAAACUUAAGUGUUAACAAAGCCAGCGUUGUUCAUGAACAGAUGAGGCAUGAAAAUAAACCGUAUGUUCCUAGUCCAGCACUGCUGAUAAGAAGGCGGUUCCAAAAGGCUAAACCAAAUUUAGGAGGAGCACGCCGUAAGGAUGAGCAAGCAGGUGUAGAGACAGGCCAGACGGAUAAGAGCACAGCACUAACAGCAGAAGAUCACCUGCUGCAGAAGGGAGACUGUGACACCCAUCUUCCUCUGCAGGCGAGGGAAAAGGCAGAUAUGCUUCUGGAGGUUUCAGUGAGAAAAGAGUGUGUACAUUCUGAAGAGUCGGGUUCUGACGGAAAUGAUGCUCAGCUGAACGCUGGACCAUCAGAAGGUUCCAAGGAUGAGACUGUGAAAGAGCAGCCUCCAUCUUCGGGGCUUGAAGAGCAGAGUCUCAGUAAACCAAUUAGAUCCAGCUGUCCACAACUAUUGAAAGAAUCAAGCUAUCCCAAGACUGUUUCGAGUCGAAGAACACCUCUCUCUUCUGCCUCUGAGUGUGAGAUAGAGCACAGUUGGAAAAGAACACAGAGGAAGACGAAACCAAAUGUGACCAAAGGGCGUGGAUCAAAACGAAUUCGAGGUAAGACUGCUAAGAAGGAACCUAGAGCUUCCAAGUCCAUGUUGGUGACUCUUCGGGCUUCUCAGAAAGAGGAUGAAGAUGAUGCUGAGGAUUUUGAUUCUGACUAUGAGGAAGAAACCUAUCAUCUUGCCCCAGAAGAAUUAAGCAAAGCACCAGUGUUUGUACCUGUUGGUCUCAGAUCCCCUGAACCAGUUUCUGCUCAGAUCGAGGAAACAAUGGAAGAGCUUGAGAUAACCAUGGACGUUGCAGACAUGACUGUUGUUGAACAUCAGCUUUCACACGUGGACACAACAGCUCAGGCUGUGCAAGCAGAAAAAGCUGUGUAUCCGCCAUCGUUUGAAAUGGACAUAGGUGAACAGACCCAAGAAGAACCAGGUCCCAGUGAUGGAAGCACGGAAGCCGCCAUAACUUUACUUACAAUGGGAGAUAUAGUAUUGCAGUCAGAGAUCAUUCCUGGACAGGGGGAUGUAGGAGUAUGUGUAUUUCCUGAUGUUCAUUCAAAGGAUAAAAGUCAUGUUCCUUUUAGCCCAGAUAAUGUAAAUCAAAAAAUUGUUCAUGACUAUCAGGAGGUUUGUUCACCUGUCAUUAGUACAUCGCAUGCAUCAUUUGAAGAAAACAGGAUUGUAUCAAAGGAACAAAGCAAUAGAGACGCUGCUGUGGUGGAAGAAGCAGUGGAGGAGACCCUGCCAGCCUGGAAUACAGCUUCUACGCUGAGCACACAUCUGAGAAUGGCGAGUGUGGUUGUUACAGCUGAACUAAAUUCUGAGAAGACUUUAGAGAUCAGUGAGUCUGGUGGUCAUCAGGAAGUUGCCAGUUUCUGCAUAAGUAAAGGGACCCAAGUGGAAAUUCAAAGAGAAGCUGAGGGAGAUGAUUCCAAAGCAGUAGAAUUAGAAGAUAAAAGCCUUGCACCAGUCACAGCAGCAGAAGCUAAGGAAGAGGAGCAUUCGCAGUGUGUGGGUGAUGUUGAAGGGGCCAGUGUUUCUCAAGAAGCAGUCCUACCUGCGAGAAUUGAAGAUCAUGAGGAGACCUUGCGAGAGGUUCAAGUGUCGGGCACUGUAGUUGCUUCUUCUGAGAUAGGGCAGCAGACACUCGAUUCGGGUCAGAGUUUUGGUGAGAGUGCUGCUGAAGAAGCCCUCAAAGAAACCCCUAAAGGCAGCGACGUGCCCGUGCUUCAUGGGCCAGAGAGUGUACCAUCCCAUGUUCCAGCAGCCCAGCAAGACAGCACCAGUGCCCAGGAUGUCACAGUGAGUCUAUUUGCUAAUGGACAGCAAGAUGGAGAAGAUGAACAAGCCUUCAUCUUAACUCUGGUGGAAAUCCCAACCCAUGCAACAGAAGGAUUCGCUGACGCUGCCAUGCAGUUAAUGCCGAGCUCUCUGCUGCCAGCACCUAUAUUGGUCAGGUCUGGGAAUGCAGCAGAACCUGCAGGGGACCUGAGUGGGAGUUUACAAACCUCUUCAGUUGUUCAAGAUGCUACGUCCUUAUCUCCUAGAAGUGGCAAUUCUGAAAAGCCUCCUGCUAAUUUGGAUCUUACAUCUAGGAAGAGAUUUCGUUGCAGUCCUGAUGAAAGUAUUCAUGUUCCUCCUGCCAAAAAGUCCUCACUUGUUCCAGGAAUUGAUUAUCAAGAAUGUACCUCUGAGGUAUGUUCAGAGGAAUUAAAUGUUUUUGAGAAAACAGCAGAGUCUUGUAUGGGACAAGGCAUUUCCCCUACCUCAGAGAGCACACAUGCAACCUCAAAACCUCAGAAGGAGCACAGUGAGCCAACUGAUACAGGACCAUCUGGAUCUCUUGAUGAACUCAAAGACGCAUGUGUAGAAAACAGGGCUCAAUUGCCUCAGAGUGAGAUAGUAUCUGAUAAAGAAGAGAAAACGGAGCCUGCUUCCAAUUCUGAACAGAGAGACAGCGUGACAUCCUCUUCAAAACCCCCUCUGACCAGACCUGGCAGAAGGCCUUUGGGAUUUUUAUCAUUACUAUGUCCAAAAAAUAGUUUGGAAUCUGAUGAAGUGACUCAAACCCAUAGUAAGAAGCGCCUAAAACCUCAGAUACCUGUAUCACGGCGAAAUUUGAGAAAACCUAAUCUGCCUAAUACAAGCCAGAAAAAAAACCAAGACUCUUCAGCCCCACUCCCAUCACCAAGCGUCGCUGCUCCUCUGUCUGACAAUGCUGGAAGUCCUGAGAGUUCAGCAGCUCAGGUUUCUUCUGAUCAGCCCUUGCUAAAAGAAGAGUGUAAAAAUGGGCCCAAAGGAGCACCUGAGGAAGAGGUGACCCCAGUGUCAGAGUUUGUCUUCAGUGACAUCUUCAUUGAAGUGGAUGAGACACAAUAAAGCUCUCUUCUGGGGCCCCUUCUUUUUACUUUCUACUUUUGUAAUGAGUUUGAGAUGUCCAGCGACCCUGACUUUACCCAAGCAGAAAAGCACCACUGUCUGUUUUGAUUUAGGUCAAUUUUGAAUAUUUAUUGAGCUUCAUUUGAAGCUUUUAUAAUCAGUGGGAAACAUUUCUUUCUAAUUGACCCUGCAUUGGAAAUAUCAAGCAAUUAAGACUGGUCUCACUGACAGGCAUUGUAGCUUGUUUACAUCUGAUGUCCUCUGUGCUGAGCGCACCUGGACUUGAGAACUGUGUGCACGCACAUCUGGAUAAAUCAUAGUGCUGACAUACGGGGAGCUUGGUUGUGCUUAACAUUUGCUGACCUUCUUUUCUAAAGGUGGCUGUGUUUUGUUUCUGUAUUUUGUUUGUUUGGUUUUUUUUUUUUUUCUUUCAUUUUUCUUUUUCUUGAGGGUGAUCGGUUGCCUGUAAGAAUAGGAAAGCAAAGUGUGAAACUCCGCUUUGGUAUGGUAAAGUUAAAACUUUUCUAUCAUCAUCUAUUUGACUGGAAAAAAAAAAUGUGUAUUUUUCUAAUUCAUGGUGAUGUAACAUUAGUCCUGAUUGAAGAUCUAGUAUUUAAACUUGCUAUUUAUAAAGUCGGCACAUCAAAGAGAUUUAUUUUUAAAUUUUUUAUUUAAAAUACAUCCCAAUUUAAUUAUUUUCACUCAUCAAAUUUGGGUAAAGAAAGCAUUAACAAAUAAUUUGUCUCAUUUUCCUCUUUACUUUAAAAGCUAUUUUAAAAUGUCAUAAUUAAAAAUGUUUAGGUAGUGUUCAUAUUUUGAAUACUUUUCUCACACUUUAGUAUACUGAAUUUGUACUGUGAAUAUUUUUUGCUUUUCUUAUUCUAAUCUCAGGAUUUUCAUUGGAAGAAAAAAAUUAACAUAAAGGACAAAUUGUCCUAUAUAAUUGAUCUUUUUUACACACACACACCCUUAAAAAAAGGUUUAGUGAUAGCUAUUUUCCCUAUUAAAUUCUGUUCACAGGACAUGUGGGCUUUCGGCCACAGAGCAUGAAUCUGAUGUUAAAGCAGAAAAUAAGACAGGAAGACUUAGCAAAGCCAGUGAGGGCCUCAUGAUGAACUUGGGUGUUUUUAAUUUUGAGUCUUAUGAUUUAUGUGUCUUGUUUUCCCCUGGUUCAAAUUAAAUGCUUCAAAGAGCAAAUGUAUUCAACUUUAUUAUAAAACCUUGUAGAUUGAUACAUAGAAGUUUUUCCAUAAAACAUUCUUUUUGAACUGUGUAGCCCAAGUGGUCCUGGUAGCAGCUGCUCGGCGGAUGCUAAGUAGAAGAGCGAGGUUGACAGGACUUUAGCUUAGACCUCACACAUUAGGCCGUAGUUUUCUUUUUCUCACAGGGCUUCAUGUGUCCAACACUGGCCUUGCACUCUAUGUAGGUGAGGGUGUUCUUCAACUUGGGAGAACAGGAGUGUACCACCUUGCCCACUUUUAUGCUGUGCUGGGAGUAGAAGCCACCUUCCCAAGUGCUAGGCAAACACUGUACCACGAGUUUUCCCAGCCCUAGACUAGAGUGAAUACAAAUCCAAAGCUGCUGGUGUCUGUCUGUAGGAGCUGUUUGCAGGAUGUGCCUAAGAUUCAAAAACUGUGUUCAGUGUAUUAUGAAAUGAGCAAUACUUCAGUUGGAAAAUAUUUUUACAUCUAGGUAAUAUUUGUUUUUCAUAUUGAUAAAAUGUUGAUCACUUUUUAAGUUUCUAAGCAAACAAGGGUUGAACUCAAUAAGUCUAGAGUGCUGAUUCAUUGAACUUACUGUGAGCAUGUUUCUUGUUCUGUGGCUUAGAGUAAAAUGUAUAGUUUAAUGUCUGUUAUAAAGGAUGAUCUAUAAGUUAGAUGGAAAUUCUCAAAAGUAUGCAUCUAUUUCGUGUGACUAAUGUCACAAAAUCAUGGAGGUAAUUCACAUUGCUAUAUAAAUGUCUUCUUGUUAGCUUUAAAAAGUCAUGGUCUGUACAGUUUGUUUGUUUUUGUAAAUGUUACUUGGGUUAGAUCACCGAGACUAAACUAUUAUUUAUCCCUGUAUAAUAUUUAUUUUUUUAACCUCUGUCUCAUUUAUAUGUAAUAAACUGAUUUUAUGGAAGAUGUAAUUUAUUGUAUAAAGACUACCGGAGCAUUUGUUGUGUAGAGAAUCAAGUCGGUCAACAAAUUGUCCCGCUGCCCCUGGACAAGCCGGUGUUGGGAAGAGAAAUACAAUCAGUGUGCUUAGCUUUAAGGUGGGAAGAUUUGUGAUGGUGGAAAGAUGUUGCAAGGAAUUUGUUAUAGAAAUCUUCAAGGAGAUGUAUGAAAGGGCUUUACCUUCUCUUGACUGUUUUCCUCUGGUCACUUACAUCUUAGCAGGUGGCCCAGGCAAGACAUAGAUGCAAAUAUUAAUACCCAGUGUUUACCACCAUUAUUCAAAUGCAGGUGACCAUGUAUAAUACCUUGCUUGAAGUUUUUGACAAAGAAGCAAUAUCUUGUCAUUUGUAAAUUUUCUUGUUCUAAAGAAAGCAGUAAUGUUCUGUAGAUAAAAAUUAUGUAA